GUUUUAGGUUAAGUCACUGAUGAUACGAUUAGAGCGCCUCUAAUGGUACCGAUUUGUAAUGCAGUGGAUAAGAUGGACGAAAAUGGCAUGCGAGGUGUUGUUAAAUUUCAGUGAAAUGUUUGGUCACUCCAGCCGCCUAGGAUGGGAGGCUGCAUAGGUUUAACGAGGGCAAGAAACGCCUCCGUUGACGAUACCACAGGAAACUCGUCGAGAGUCAAUUCAGGAAAUUCAAGAAAGAAUCAUCCAUUAUGCCAUGAAGUGAUUAGGUGGAAGUCAGAUGUACCAUUGACAGAAGGUCAGCUCAGAAGCAAAAGAGACGAAUUUUGGGACACUGCACCUGCGUUCGAUGGUCGUAAAGAAAUAUGGGAUGCAUUGAGAGCCGGGGCAACUGCUGCAGAAGCUCAAGACUAUCAAUUAGCACAGGCUAUAUUAGAUGGAGCUAAUAUUUCUGUGCCAAAUGGCUUUUUAACAGAAUGUUAUGACGAAUUAGGAACCAGGUAUCAAGUCCCUAUUUACUGCUUAUCUUAUCCUAUUAAUAUUGUGAAAGAGGACAGUGGAAGAGACUCUCCUGCCGAUUGUUCAGAACCAGUUGAUAGUGGUGUUGAACAAACUUUAAAGCUUAGGUUGUCAACUACAUCUGGGGAAGUAAAAUUGCCUGUUUAUAGCAAAGAUACUAUUGCCAUUGCUAAAAAGAAAUUACAGAGCCAGGAAGGGUUAGAACCAUCUCGUCAAAGGUGGUUCUUUGGUGGCAAAUUAUUAGGGGAUAAAAUGCAUAUAGAAGAAGCAAAGAUACAACCAGGUUAUGUAAUACAAGUAAUUGUGAAUCCUGAAAAGUUGGAUGAUAGUCCAAUGAAAACAAGCUGAACUACUGUAUACGUAAGAUACAAGUCACAUUGAACCAACCUUUCUAAUAAGCACUAUCUUACACACGUUCAAGAAGUAGGAACAGAUUUUUUUUUAAUUUUAUAAUGUAUCAUUAUUAAGAUUAGAGCAGCAAUUCUUGAAGUGAUUUUUUACAAUAAAAUGCACUUAACUCUCGUAAUAUACGUAAAUGUUAUAAGGAUUAAAUAUUAUUUCGUUUAAAUUGUAGGUUGUGAUUAUUUAAUUCUCUUUUUAAUUUAUACUAGAUCAACAAAAAAAAAAAACAGAGCGUUAACUGUAUAUCGGUGAACCAUUAGAGAAUUCGAAUUUAUAAUUGGUUCUCUGUUUAAUGCAUAUAGCAAAUCAAGCAAGAAAAAUUGUUUCGAAAAUGACAUCUGAAUUCACAGCAGGAAAGGUGAUUGUACUCAAAUUCUGAUAUUGUCAUACUUAUUUGUUACUACCAACAGAGGUACUGGUGCUGUAACACUUGAGAAAACUAAGUAUAUAUGUAGAAAGUUAUUCUGUGCUGCUUAUUGAACCAUGUUGCAUAAUGAUAUAAUGUAAAAAAUAAGUCAUACACUUAAAAUAACAAUAAGAGAAUUACAUAAAUAUUGAAUAUAAAGAAGACAUCAAUGGACAAUAGAGAGAAAAGGAACAAGAUAUAUGCUACUUGUUGCAAUGCAUUUCUUCUUAACUUAUCUAGAUUCUGUAUUCAAUUUUUUUUAAUUUGAAAUAAAUAAUUGCAAUAUCUAUUAAGGUCAAAUUAGUAGAAGUAAUCACUAAUAUCUUGUGUUAUUUUUGCAUAACAGUAUAGGGCAUAAAAUUGUUUAAUACACUUCUUUCAAUUUUUGUAAAUGGAUCUUGAAUAUUUAUAAGUCAUAAGUUUCAAUUAUUUAAUAGGAGCAAAUGUUUGGCCUAACAAUGGCCUGAAAAUCUACGAUUCCUUCCUGUAAGUACUAAUAGGAUAUUGUAUAAGGUUUUCAAAGUUGAAGAAUAAUGCACAGAGAAGAAAACAUAAGACUAAUAUUGAAACUCAUGUGGUGCAGAACGUAUAAUUUUUGCACAAUUUUAUCAGCGUAAUCGUUUCAACGUUUCUGUGUUAUUUGUGCUUAUAAGGAAAUGUUUAACACAGAAACGGUACUGCAAGUUCAAUUUUUAAAUAGCACUCGAUUUAUUACUUCUGCCCCAUAUGUUGCACAACAAGAAAAAUUUGUCUAAAGGUAUAACUAUACAAAAGUGACAUAUUAUGCGUGUGAAUUUAUUGACUGUACUAAUACAACGGUGAUAUAGUUUAUUUCUUAUAUGCAUUGAUCAUAUAAAAUUAUAUAUAGUAUUGCGUGUGGGUGUAUGUAUAAUAAAUACAGACGUAUAUAUGUAUAUGUAUACAGAUACAUAUAUCAGUUCCACUAUUUUCAAUUUGAGUGUCAAAACAAGUAUAUUUAAACGUAUAAAUAACUUAUUUAUAAAUUGGGUAAUUACGUCCAAGAUAAUAAUAAAAAUGCCUGCAAGAAAUUGUUAAAAAUAUUAACAUGAAAGUGUACAAAAACCUAUUCACACGAAAAUUGAUUAUGAUUAAUUUCUUCGAAUAUAAUAUGGAUAAUAGUGUAAACAAAGGAA